AUGGCGCCUGACGAUCGCGUGACGAGCACGGCAGAUUGGACGGGUAGACGCCGCCUCUCUCCUCCCCGCCGCCAAAAACACAGCCUCGACUCCUCCUCCCCGCUCGUCGACAGCCCUCGCGCGGCAGCCGAUCCCUCUCCUACCCUAACUACAGCUACCAAACGCCCUCCCCCACUUAUCACCACCACCACUCGUCCUCCUCCGAGGAGAUCAGAUUCCCCCACCCUCUCCCUCCUCAUCGCCACCUCGUCGCCGCCGCCGUCCCCGCAACCCCAGCUCGUCUCUUUUCUCCUCCGAUGGCGCGCCGAUGACCUUGGACGCGCGCGAUGUCCGAGUUCGGCGGGCCCCGGAACCCUACCGGAGUUCACCGGCACCGGCGGAGGCGCGAACUUUAAAGUCCCGUUCGCGCCGCUAUGCACCCGACGCCCACCGGCGCUUCGAGCUCGCGGCCAUCCUCUCCGCGAGACUCAAUUGGCUCCUUCUUGAGGACAUCGCAGUGACGGUGAGCAGCGGCAGAUUUGGGCGGGGGUGGAGUCGGGGCUGAGGGUCUGGAACUUGUCGGAGGUGUUUGAUUCUUGGGAUGGGGGUGUUGGAGUGAAGAGAGGGGAUGAGGAGAGCGCGCCGUUUGUGGAGAGCGGGAAGACCAGCCCGACGCUGUGUCUGGUGGUGGACGAGGCGACGGGGGUUGUGUGGAGCGGGCAUAAGGAUGGGAAGAUACGGUCGUGGAAGAUUGAUAAGGAUGCGGCGAAGAAUGGGGGUGAUGGUGGUCUUGUUGAGGGUGAUGAUGGUGAAAGUUACCAUUUUAAGGAAGGGCUCGCUUGGCAGGCUCAUCGGAACCCGGUGCUCUGCAUGGCCAUCAGUCCUUAUGGUGAUAUCUGGUCAGGCUCUGAAGGUGGAGGAAUCAAGAUAUGGCCUUGGGAAUCCAUUGACAAGUCCCUAUCUCUAUCACUUGAAGAGAGACAUAUGGCUGCCUUAUUAGUUGAGAGAUCAUAUAUUGACCUUAGGAGCAACUGCACUGUCAAUGGUGUUUGUGCCUUACCUCCUUCAGAUAUAAGACAUUUGUUAUCUGAUACUGCUAGAUCCAAAAUGUGGAGUGCUUCUAGCCUAUCAUUUGCUCUUUGGGAUGCUCGUAAAAGGGAGCUGCUCAAAGUGUUUGGCAUAGAUGGACAGGUUGAUACCCGGCUAAUGGAAGCAUCAACAAAUCAGGAUCCUCGUGUAGAUGAUGAAAUCAAAGAAAAGUUUGUUUCAUCAAAAAGGAAGGAAAAAUCUCAAGUUAGCUUUCUCCAACGCUCCCGGAAUGCCUUGCUGGGUGCUGCUGAUGCUGUUCGAAGAGUUGCAGCAAAGGGAACAUUUGGAGAAGAUAAUCGGAGGAUUGAAGCAUUAGGAAUAGCUAAGGAUGGAACGGUUUGGUCUGGAUGCAGUAAUGGCACUCUGAUUCAGUGGGAUGGGAAUGGGACUCGAUUAAAUGAGAUUCAACACCAUGCACAUGCAGUUAAGACCAUUUGUACCUUUGGGACACGCUUGUGGGUCGGUUAUGUAAGUGGGACUAUUCAUGUGAUGGAUCUUGAAGGCAAUUUGCUUGGUAGUUGGGUUGCACAUAGUAGUCCAUUAAUAAAGAUGGCUGUUGGAGGUUCAUAUAUAUUUACACUGGCUAAUCAUGGUGGUAUUCGUGGAUGGAACCUAGCAUCACCAGGGCCCAUUGAUAAUAUUUUGCUAUCGGAACUGACAAAUAAAGAGCUAUCAUACACAAAACAGGAGAAUCUGAAAAUCUUGUGUGGUACUUGGAAUGUUGGCCAAGCAAGAGCAUCACAUGAUUCUCUUAUAUCAUGGAUAGGUACCCCGGCAACAGAGGUUGGAUUGGUGGUUGUUGGGCUCCAGGAGGUGGAAAUGGGUGCUGGUUUUCUUGCAAUGGCUGCAGCAAAAGAAACUGUAGGACUUGAGGGGAGUGCUAAUGGACAAUGGUGGUUGGACACUAUUGGAAAGACCCUAGAUGAAGGGUCAUCAUUUGAACGUGUUGGUUCUAGGCAAUUGGCUGGUCUGCUUAUCUGUGCAUGGGCUCGGAAAAGUAUUAGGCCAAAUAUUGGUGAUGUUGAUGCUGCAGCAGUGCCAUGUGGAUUUGGGCGGGCAAUUGGGAACAAGGGAUCUGUUGGUUUAAGGAUGAGAGUCUAUGAUCGAGUAAUUUGCUUUACGAACUCUCAUUUUGCUGCACAUCUGGAAGCAGUUAGCAGGCGAAAUGCUGACUUCGAUCAUAUUUAUCGGAACAUGUCUUUCACUAGGCCAUCCCAUGGACUGACACCUACAUCAGCAUCAGGAGGUUCAUCAUCAGCUGCUCCAUUAAAUCGUGGAGGCAAUGCAACAGCUCAGUCCGAUGAUGGAAAGCCUGACUUGUCAGAAGCAGACAUGGUUGUAUUUCUUGGUGAUUUUAAUUAUCGGCUCCAUAGCCUUACCUAUGAUGAGGCAAGAGACAUGGUUUCACAAAGAUGUUUUGACUGGCUUCGAGAAAAAGAUCAGCUUCGAGCAGAGAUGAAAGCAGGCAGGGUCUUUCAAGGCAUGCGUGAAGGGCUAAUCACAUUUCCUCCAACAUACAAGUUUGAAAGACAUGUAGUUGGACUAGCAGGAUAUGAUUCCGGUGAGAAAAAACGUAUUCCGGCUUGGUGUGAUAGGAUAUUAUAUCGUGAUAGCCGUGCUAUAUCGAUGGCUGAAUGCUCACUGGAGUGUCCUGUGGUCAGUAGUAUCAUGCAGUAUGAAGCUUCCAUGGAUGCCACGGACAGCGAUCACAAACCUGUCAGGUGCAUAUUCAAUGUUGAAAUUGCACGUGUUGAUGAAUCUAUAAGGAGGAAAGAAUUUGGGCAAGUAAUUUUAUCCAAUGAGAAAAUAAAAUCUUUGCUUGUUGAAUGUUGUACUGUUCCUGAUACUAUUGUCAGUACAAACAAUAUCAUCCUUCAAAACUCUGAGAAGUCGAUACUCAGAAUUACUAACAAAUGUGAGAAGUAUAAAGCUACUUUUGAAGUCAUCUGUGAAGGUCAGUACACUAUCAAGGAGGAUGGAGAUACAUCUGACCUAUCUGCCAAGGGCUCCUUUGGCUUUCCUCACUGGCUACAGGUGAACCCAGCAGCUGGUGUUAUAAAGCCUGGCCAAAUCAUAGAGGUACGUGUACAACAUGAAGAGCAUUUUACCCAAGAAGCAUUUGUGGAUGGAGUCCCUAGUAACUGGUGGUGUGAAGACGCUAAGGACAAAGAAGUCAUAUUAUUAGUAAAUAUAACGGGUAGUUACUCAACAGAGAAAAAAACUCACCGGAUACAUGUUCGCCGUUGCUAUUCCUCUCAGUCCUCGAGUGAAGAUAAAGGAACUACUACUAAUAAAGUUCAAUCUAAUCAUCUCCAUAGGGCAGAAUUUGCAGACUUUGAAAGCAAUUCAACAGAUUUGGUACCGGACUUUUGUCCAAUACAGAGGCCAUUAAGAUGAUACUAGAUGAAAAUAAUUUGAAAUUUUGGAAGAAAUUUUUCUCGCAUUCCUUUUUAUCCUCAAGAAGUGGAAAUAGAAUGGAGUUUGGAAUCUGGUUGCUCAUUUCGGUUGUUCUUCUGUACAUAUUGCAUCAUAUGCUCGUCUCCAGUUUUUCUAAAAGGAAGAUCUUAGUAUCUGAGUGUUGUUGUCGCAAUAUUCUUUUUGGACCGUUGAUUGUGAUUCUUAGAAGUGGGUAGAUAUCUCAGUUAGUAACAAAGAUCAUUUGAUCAGGUUUUCUGUUCGUGAUAGUUUGAGAUAGGUUUUAUUGUGUGUAUUUACCCUUUGUAAUGAUGUGUAUCAGCUCUUGUGACGUAUUUCCCUCCUUAUUUUUCUUUUUUCUUUAUCUUCCCCUGUAAGAAAUUUGGAGAACAAUAAUGAUUGACUAGAAGAGUGGCAAGGUUUUCAAAAGCUCCCUCUCGGUUUUUGGUA